UCUUUCAAUUGUGCUCUCCGCUGCCGUCGCUCCCCUCAGUAGCUUUAGCGCCUCCUCGCUCUCCUUGCCUGCUCGGCAGCCGCGCUCAGCCUAAGCGGACGGGGGACUUGUAAGGCAAGGAUUUCUUGAUGUGGCGAGCUGUUAGCUUUCAUUUCGCACAGGCGGAGGAGGCUGAUGUGCUUGAGACCGGAGGUGUGGAUCUUCAACCUUUAAAUUGCGUGUAAGGAAGAGAAGUUCACAGGAACAUGGCUCGUACCAAGCAAACUGCCCGUAAAUCCACCGGUGGGAAAGCGCCCAGGAAGCAACUCGCAACAAAAGCCGCACGCAAGAGUGCGCCCUCUACUGGUGGGGUCAAGAAACCUCAUCGCUACAGGCCAGGUACUGUGGCUCUUCGUGAAAUCAGGCGUUAUCAGAAGUCAACUGAACUUCUGAUCCGCAAACUUCCUUUCCAGCGCCUGGUGCGUGAAAUUGCUCAGGACUUCAAAACAGAUCUGCGUUUCCAGAGCGCAGCUAUUGGUGCUUUGCAGGAGGCAAGUGAGGCCUACCUGGUUGGCCUGUUUGAAGACACCAAUCUGUGUGCUAUCCACGCCAAACGUGUCACAAUCAUGCCAAAAGAUAUCCAGCUAGCACGCCGCAUACGUGGAGAGCGUGCUUAAAUUCUACUAAGAUGGAUUUUCCAUUCUCAAAACAAAUAAAAUCUCUUCUUCCUGUUAUUGGUAGUGAUGAACGUUAGAUAUUUUUUUUCCAUGAGGUUAAAAGGUACCUAAGUAUAUGGUUGCAAACGAAAAAAUAGGAGACAGAAUCGGGUAUUGGCAAGCUCUUUUUUCAUUUUCAUUUGUGUGUGGAUUUUUAAUAUAAACGUGGGGACAUAUAAAGCAUUAUUGCUAUCAGAAACCAUUUCAGUGAACAAAUUUCAGCAGUUCAACUUUAUAACAAUUAUAAAUAUGCCAGUCAGACUUUUCUGGACAAUGCCAGCAUUGGAUUUUUAAAAAAAACAGAAAAUAAGUAAAUUUCUUAUUGAUGGCAACUAUAUGGUGUCUAACAUUUUUAUCAUACAGUAGAUUCCAUCCAUUCACUAUACUUUUCUAACUAAGUUGUCCUACAUGCAAGUACAUGUUUUUAAUGUUGUCUGUCUUCUGUGCUGUUCCUGUAAGUUUGCUAUUAAAAUACAUGAAAUAACA